AUGACACGAGCACACUGUCUACCACCCGUACCUGCAUUCUGCUCACUUGCGUCAUUCGUAACAUUAUCUUACUCCCUCGACAUCAACCACAAUGCUACGGGCAGCCUCAAAGACACGACCGCGAACCUGAAGAACGGCCAAGGAUUCACCGUGAACAUCAUCAGCGAGGCAUUCGUCGAGAAUGCAAAUGCAACUGCCGUAGACGCUCCUCCCGACUUCGACGAGUGGGCUCUCAGCGGUCUGACAAAGGAGAAAUGCUUUUACGUUUCUAGCCAGAUCGCACCUUUUGCCAGCCAGCUUGUAGCACAGUGUGGUGCCAGUAACAAGGAACCGCGGUACGACUCCAACAAGCUUGAAGCCGUGAGUACCACAUUGCUUAUACCGCUUGUGUCUUAA